GAGCCAGUUGAAUCGUUACAACCGGAUACAGUAAAGCGGUUCAGUCUUGACGAACAACCGGCUGUGCCCUUGAGAACGCCAUUACCGGAGACCAUGGCUAGUAAGAGACUGGCGAAGUCCGUUGUUAACUGGAAGGCAUUUGGCGAAAGGGUGUCUGAUGCCAACCUGCCAUAUUUCAAGAAAUUCAAGCUGUUGUCCGAUACGUACUCAGGAAAAGUUUCCCAGCUCCCAGAAACUUUACCCAAGAUAGAUUUCGCUCACUACAAGUCUCUUGGUGCUCCUGCUGCUGUUGUGGAUAGCUUGGAAAAGGCUUAUGGAUCUGCCAAGGUUGCCUACCCAGCUGACACUAACGAUAGUGUUAACAAAAUAGAAAAGAAGUUUCAGGAAGCGAAAAAGGAAAGGGAAGCAUAUGUUUCAGAGGAAAACAACAAUAUUAAACAGUUAACAGAUGUGGUAGAGGUCUGCAAGAAAGCAUUCCCACCAAAAGAUGAAUGGACCCUGCAGCUGUAUACAGCCUAUUUCCCAGACUGUAUUCCGAACCCUCAGGUCAGGCCAACAAUCUUCCCACAUACCAUGUUGAAUGAAGAUUUCUUCGGGGACGUUGCCCAUCAAAGCCAGGCUUAUUAUGACUUUGACCUUGCAUCUAUGCCUUUGUACCGGAUGCCCUAUAAAAGUAGCGUGCAGAAUGAGUAUGUCAAGUCCAGAGAACCGGAUUAUUUGGACACUUUCAGCUCGAUUGGAUACACAUCUCCAAAGGAAGAGGCUGACAGGUUAAAGGCAGAGUGGCCUGCACGCUUGAAUGAGUAUAAGACAACAGAGAAAACAACAAAUAAAAAGUUCUGGCAAGAACACGAAGAAGGAAAAGAAGCAUUUAGGGAGAUUGGUAGAACGGUGAAGUCAUUGAUGGGCAAAAAGAAAGACAAGAAGGCUUAAAACUGUGUAAAAAUUGGAAUUUAUGAAUGAAGAAUGACUUCAUACUCAGUGGAAAAGAAUUUGGACAUUCUGUAUUUGCAGUCACAGUAACAGUUUUUUGUAGUGACAAUUAUUAAAGUUUGUAAAAUUGAACUUAA